CAUUAUUUCAUUCCUCCAGAACUGGGACUGAGGCGAUAGAGAAGCACCUGCUGAAAGCAGACGCACUCUUUUCCUAAAAACGCCUUCAAUAUGUUACGGAUUUGAAAGCAUUUUCCUUUACACGGUGGAUGAAGAUACAUUGUCGUGGAGAUGCAACAGUUUAAGAUUUUAUCGAUUUGUCUCAUUUCCCUUUUAUGUGGUUUGACGAUUGGAGCGUCUCCCAGUGUUCAAAUUGGGGGGCUGUUUCCGAGGGGAGCCGAUCAGGAGUACAGUGCAUUUCGGAUAGGGAUGGUUCAGUUCGGAACGGCUGAAUUUAGACUGACGCCUCACAUCGACAAUCUGGAAGUAGCCAACAGUUUCGCGGUGACCAACUGCUUCUGUUCUCAGUUCUCAAGAGGAGUAUAUGCUAUUUUUGGAUUUUAUGACAAGAAGUCGAUGAACACAAUAACAUCGUUCUGCGGGACACUUCACGUUUCCUUUAUCACACCCAGUUUCCCUCUGGAUGGAAAUCAGCAGUUUAUCAUUCAGAUGCGGCCGGACAUCAAAGGGCCCCUUCUGAGUCUCAUUGAGUAUUACAAAUGGGACAAGUUUGCCUACCUGUACGACAGUGAUAGAGGACUCACCACACUUCAAGUUGUACUGGACACAGCAGCUGAGAAGAAAUGGCAGGUGACUGCCAUCAAUGUGGGAAAUAUGAAGGACGAGAGAAAGGAUGAAGCAUAUCGCUCACUCUUUCAAGACCUAGAAAAUAAGAAGGAACGGAGGGUCAUUCUUGACUGCGAACAGGACAAGGUUAAAGACAUUAUGGAACAGAUCAUAACUAUUGGCAGGCAUGUGAAGGGAUAUCACUACAUCAUUGCAAACCUGGGUUUUGUGGAUGGAGAUCUAACAAAAAUCCAAUAUGGUGGAGCAAAUGUGUCUGGCUUUCAAAUUGUGGAUUUUGAUGACCCUCUGGUGUCCAAAUUUGACCAGCGCUGGGAAGCUUUAGAGGAAAAAGAAUAUCCUGGAGCAGACAGCAAGAUAAGGUAUACUUCAGCAUUGACCUAUGAUGCAGUUCAAGUGAUGACUGAGGCCUUUCGCUACCUGCAUAAGCAGCGCAUCGACAUCUCCCGUAGAGCAAACAAUGGAGAUUGCCUGGCAAAUCCUGCUGUUCCAUGGGCACAGGGGGUUGAGAUAGAACGAGCCCUAAAACAGGUGAGAGUUGAUGGUCUCACUGGUAACAUUCAGUUUGACCAAUAUGGAAAGAGGGUCAAUUAUACUGUCAAUGUCAUGGAACUGAAAAGCAAUGGUCCAGUUAAGAUUGGCUACUGGAAUGAAGUUGAUAAAAUGGUUGUGACAAAGUCUGAUCUCUUCCCAAAUGAUACAAUGGGGCUCGAAAACAAGACUGUGAUUGUCACUACAAUUCUAGAAGCACCGUAUGUAAUGCUGAAGAAGAAUGCCGACCUCUUUGUGGAUAAUGAAAGAUAUGAGGGUUACUGUGUGGACUUGGCAGCUGAAAUUGCAAAGCAUUGCGGGUUUAAAUAUCAGCUGAAAAUAGUUGGAGAUGGCAAAUAUGGAGCCAGAGAUGCAGAAACAAAGAUUUGGAAUGGAAUGGUUGGAGAGCUGGUUUAUGGGAAAGCGGACAUAGCAGUGGCUCCAUUGACCAUCACUUUAGUCAGAGAAGAAGUCAUUGACUUCUCCAAACCAUUCAUGAGCCUGGGCAUCUCUAUCAUGAUCAAGAAGCCUCAGAAGUCCAAGCCCGGUGUGUUCUCCUUUCUGGACCCUCUGGCCUAUGAAAUCUGGAUGUGUAUUGUGUUUGCCUACAUUGGCGUGAGUGUGGUGCUCUUCCUGGUUAGCCGUUUCAGUCCAUACGAGUGGCACACAGAGGAAUAUGAGGACGGACAGAUUCAGACCAAUGAGUCAACCAAUGAGUUUGGGAUUUUCAACAGCCUUUGGUUCUCUCUUGGAGCUUUUAUGAGACAAGGCUGUGAUAUCUCACCAAGGUCUCUUUCUGGCCGGAUAGUUGGUGGAGUCUGGUGGUUUUUCACCCUGAUCAUAAUUUCAUCCUACACGGCUAAUUUGGCUGCAUUCCUGACAGUAGAGAGGAUGGUGUCUCCUAUUGAAAGUGCAGAAGAUUUAGCAAAACAAACCGAGAUUGCUUACGGAACUCUAGAUUCUGGCUCAACAAAGGAGUUUUUCAGACGUUCCAAAAUUGCUCUUUUUGACAAAAUGUGGACGUACAUGAAAAGUGCAGAACCCUCUGUAUUUGUCAAGACAACGGCAGAAGGUGUGAUGCGAGUGAGAAAGUCCAAAGGGAAGUACGCCUACCUGCUGGAGUCGACCAUGAACGAGUACAUCGAGCAGCGCAAACCCUGCGACACCAUGAAGGUCGGAGGAAACUUGGACUCCAAGGGCUACGGCAUCGCCACCCCCAAAGGAUCCUCAUUAAGAAAUGCGGUUAACCUCGCAGUACUAAAACUGAAUGAGCAAGGCCUGUUGGACAAAUUGAAAAACAAAUGGUGGUACGACAAGGGAGAAUGCGGCAGCGGGGGAGGUGAUUCCAAGGAGAAGACCAGCGCUCUCAGCCUGAGCAAUGUGGCUGGGGUCUUCUACAUCCUAGUCGGCGGUCUGGGUCUGGCCAUGCUGGUGGCACUGGUCGAGUUCUGUUACAAGUCCCGGGCCGAAGCCAAGCGCAUGAAGGUGGCAAAGAAUGCACAGAAUAUUAAUCCCACUUCCUCGCAGAAUUCACAGAAUUUUGCCACUUAUAAGGAAGGGUACAACGUGACCUUUUCGGACGCCAUGAGGAGCAAAGCAAGGGUUUCAAUAACUGGGAGUACUGGCGAGAAUGGACGUGUGAUGAGUCCUGAAUUCCCCCAAGCAGUACAUGCGGUGCCCUUUGUUAGACCUGGUGUGGGAAUGAACGUCAGUCUAACUGAUCUCUCCUGAUUGAUAAGAACCUGCCGAGUGCCUUACACAAUGGUUUUCAAUAGAGCGUGUUCUGUUCUCUUUCCGGUUUCUCCCGCUCCCCUAUCUCCUGCCUUUCUUUGUGGCUGAAUGGAGGAUGGAGGCCUCAUUUGAUGUCAUAAUCCUUUCUUGGCCGUUUAUAACAAAAGAUGCACUCUCCUAUUGGAAUUACACCAACUAACACAAAGACACUCACUUAUCGAGCUGAUGACAUCUAUCUCCCUGUAACGGAUAUUUUCGAUGACAAACUUGACAACCUUAAAGCUCACAGAAGUUCUGCAAAGUGCUUCAAAUGGAUAAAGUCUGUCUGUUUUGGUAGCUGACGCCACCCGAUGUCUGUUUCAGCUCAAGCACACUUUACAUUGUCUGUUUUAUUAAGAAAACAAACGAAAACGUCUAUGGAAAAAGUAUUUUUAUGUAUUUUCACAAAAAUGGCUUUUAAAUAAAUCUGCUUACAUACUUGUACCAGUUAAACUUGUAAACCAUAAUCUCUACAUACUUUUAAGAGCUUAGCUACUAGUUUCACUUUUUAAUGCCAAAUAUGUUGCUUAUAUUGUAAUUUAUUAGUCUGAUAUAUUCAUUAACAUUUUGGUGUUAAUAUGAAAUAUCUAGCAACGCUUGACUUUGAACUCUGUUUGAAAAGUGGGUGCCGCAGUUAUGUUUUCUUACUUUCAUCGACUCGUUUGGUUUUGAGAUUUGUUCGUAUUUUUGUUUUUUAAUUAUCGGGGUAGCGAUUAUUAUAAUAUUAAAAAAGAUACAAUGUUUACAAAACGAACAUAAAAAAGAUUAAAAAAAAACAAACAAAAAAAGAAAGGUACCUAUUGUUAUUAUUGCAUAUGUUUUGCUGUGUAAUGAAUAGAAGCAUACACAUCAACAAAAUGCUCUGUUAAAAAUGCCAAAUAAUUAAGUGUGCCAAAAUUAUUGACAAAUAUAGUCUUAUAUUAAUCUGUCAUCAAUGUGAAUGUAGUCAAUACAUUCUGUAAGUUUUCUUACUAAGUGUACAGUUGGAUACACAGUGGUUUAUCAAGGAUUUUACUUUAUUUAUUAGUAGUAUAUAUACUUUGAGAUUGUAUGCCUUUUAUUUUACUCUUUAUCUUGCAUUUGUUUUCAUUUUUAUAGUAAAAUUACACAACAUCCAGUUAAAAAUAUAUAUUCUUUCAUAAGAGAGACAUUUCUUAUUACAAGUAUCUGUGUUUAUCAUUAAGUAGAUACAGAUAGUAUUUAUUAGAUACAAAACAAUCUUUUGUUUUAUAAUGAUGACAGCUAAUGAGAGUAUUUGUUAAAAAAAAUCAACGGGCAUAACUAAAUAUUGCAAUAAGCCAAGAAGACAGGGAACAUUUGUAAUCCCAGAUACACUUAGGUACAAUUUUGUAUUAUUUUUAUUUUCCCUAUUUUCUCUUCCCCAGCUUUUCUUAAAUUAUAGGCUAGAUACUGAAUUAGAACAGAUACUGGAUAUCACUUUGAGUUUGGUCAUAAAAUAUAUAUUCACUUUAAGUUGAACAAGUCCAUGUAAUUUGAAGGGCCGCUCUCUCUCUCUACCAUUUUGUAAAUGAAUGUGUGCCAACUUGUUUAUUUUUUGGGAUUCUUUCUAAAUAAAAACUGACUAAUA